CAGCCAAUGGAACGGGCUGCUGGGGCGCUCCGACGAGUGAAACCGCGCGUCUGACUUUUUCGUUCCCCCUUGUUUACAGCAUAUAACUACUUUCUCUCCCUCGAGGGCUCUUUUUUCUUCUUCUAUCCUGAUCUCUAGAUGAGAACCUGAAAAGCAACUUUUGGCGCUGUCAGUUACUUCUAGCGGCCUUUCCACAGCGCUGGCAGCCACUAAAAAGGCUGGAGCUCUUCCCGUGCCGGACGAACGUACUGACGUCAGCCGCUACUUAGACAACUGGGACUGAACCAAUCUGCUCAUAACUUUCAACUUCCAGGACAACUUUUGCCCUUGGACCACCUGGCGCGGCUUCGUCUUGUUUACCCCUUGCAUAUCUUUAUUUGUCCUGCGGCUUGGCACGGCGGCUUCGACCAUGGCGACAACUCUUCGGAGGCGGAUUCCGCCAGAGACCAGCUCGGCCGAAACCUCCAUGGAUUCCAAGGAAGAUUCCCCGCCGACAUCCCACGUCCAUGUAAUCGAGCGAGGGCCCAAGGCGCGCAAGCGUCGCAACACCUUCAUCUUCUUGCUGGGUGGUCUCUGUGGCCUUGUUGCUGCGGGCUUCUUUGCCAAGUCAACUGAUUUGAUCGACCUACCAGAGCUCACGGAUCUCACCAUGGACAGUCUGCUCGAUGUUAUCCCGGCCGGCCUGGUCAAGGACAUGCGAGAGCUCGUUCAAGGAGAGCGCGAGGUUACUUCUUCCUAUGACUCUUUCUCUGUCGGCUUGAGAGCUCGGGCUGAAGGCCUGGAUGCUCACCACCCCAUGAUCAUGAUUCCGGGUGUCAUCUCAACGGGCCUGGAGUCCUGGGGCACGGCUAACAUCUCGAGGCCCUAUUUUCGAAAGAGGCUGUGGGGUAGCUGGACCAUGAUGAGAGCUUUGGUUCUUGACAAGGAGAUUUGGAAAAAGCACAUCAUGUUGGACAAGCGAACUGGACUUGAUCCGCCCUUGGUGAAGCUUCGUGCUGCUCAGGGCUUUGACGCAGCCGACUUUUUCAUCACAGGGUAUUGGAUUUGGAGCAAGGUCUUGGAAAACCUGGCCACUCUUGGAUACGACCCCACAAACUCGUUCACGGCCGCAUACGACUGGAGGCUUUCCUAUCCGAAUCUUGAAGUAAGAGAUCAAUACUUUACCAGGCUCAAAUCAUAUAUCGAAACUGCCGUUGCAGUUGAAGGCAGAAAAGUGGUCAUUGCCUCACACAGCAUGGGCAGCCAAGUCAUCUUUUACUUUUAUCACUGGGUUGAGUCGGAACUGGGCGGCCGUGGCGGAGGAGAUUGGGUGGAACGUCAUGUCGACUCUUGGAUCAAUAUCAGCGGCUGCAUGCUGGGUGCGGUCAAGGAUUUGACGGCCGUACUAUCCGGAGAGAUGCGCGAUACUGCACAGCUUAAUGCCUUGGCAAUCUAUGGGCUGGAAAAGUUCUUGAGCAAGGAGGAGCGAGCGGAGAUUUUCAGAGCCAUGCCGGGCAUUUCAUCGAUGCUGCCUCUUGGAGGUAACGCUGUUUGGGGAGACUUAACCGGAGCACCGGAUGACCAGCCCGACCAAGGUUUCACAUACGGAUCCUUUCUCAACUUUCGGGUUGGCUCGAAUUGGACGACUCCCGAUCGAAACUUUACCGUCGAUGCCUCCAUGGAGUAUCUUUUCAACACGACCGAGGACUGGUAUAAGGAUCAAGUUAAACGAAGCUAUUCUCAUGGCGUUGCCCAUACCUCUGCAGAGGUGGAAGCAAACGAAAAGGACCCUAGAAAAUGGGUUAAUCCCCUCGAGAGCAGACUUCCUCUGGCGCCAAAUCUCAAGAUAUACUGCUUUUAUGGUGUUGGCAAACCCACAGAGCGAUCAUAUUAUUACAAAGCGCCAGACCUACCUCUAUUGACCAACCUCAACAUUACCAUCGAUGUUGGGCUCACCGACGGUCCCAUCGAUCAUGGCGUCAUCUUAGGCGAGGGAGACGGCACUGUGAAUCUUUUGAGCGCUGGCUACAUGUGCAAUCGCGGGUGGCACAUGAAACGAUAUAACCCUGCUGGGGCCAAGGUCACAGUAGUAGAGAUGCCCCACGAGCCUGAUCGAUUCAGUCCGCGAGGCGGCCCCAAUACUGCCGACCACGUCGACAUUUUAGGAAGAGAGAAAUUAAACGAGCUGAUCUUGAGAGUCGCUGCCGGCAAAGGAGAUACCAUCACCGACUAUAUCGUUAGCAAUAUUGAGGCUUAUGCUGACAAGGUGAAGAUUUAUGAGGAGGAAGGCGGAGCCGAGAAGAAGAAGAAGAACAAAUCAUAGAAUGAUGUCGUUAAUCUGGUGUCUUGGUUUGCCUGUGCGGGAGGCUUGGUUGGGUUGGGAUGGGCAAUUUGGCGUUUGGCGUGGGGAGCUGUACAUAUGCAAAAGAGGCGGGCGGAGUGCUGGUUUCAUGAUGGAAGAAUACCCUCGAACACUGCGAAUGUAGAUAGAAUAGUAGACAAGAUAAAAUAUAGUUGAGAACUAGCCCUACAGAUAAUGUUGAGUUGUGAUGAUGUUUAAUUUGGAGUUGGAGGGUCUUGAUGGGAGAUGCCUAUGUCAGGGACAAGACAUGUCUUAUCAGGUACCGAUGCACGGAGCCAAGCGUGGAUGG